ACCUAUCUCCAUAAAUAAAAACCCUCUUUCUUUACCAACACUAUACCAUACUUCACCCUUUGACUUAGGCAAACUUCCUCCAUUUCUUUCUUCUUUUUCACUCUUUCUCUAUCUGUCACAAAACUCAGCAAUGUCUAGCUCCAGAAAGAAGGUUCAUCUGAACACUGUAUCUGUGAAACUAGGCUGUGGAAGCUGCAGAAGACUAAAACUAAGCAACAUUUUCAACCCAAAACCCAAACCCAAAAACCCCACUUACCAAAAACACAAACUUUACAAUAACCACUACUCUUCUUCCUCAGGUCCUUGGAAUGAAGACAAAUACGACACUACAAGCACCACAAACACCACAAACACCAACACUGCCACCACAUUCUCCCCUCUCUACUCAUCAAACCUUUCUGAUUCAGAAACCUCCGCGAAGGAGCAGAGAAGAGUUGGAGGUUUAGGAAGAGGUGGAGGAGGAGAAGGUGUGGCGGUCGAGAAAGACUCUGAAGACCCUUAUCUUGAUUUCAGACACUCCAUGCUACAGAUGAUAUUGGAGAAUGAGAUAUACUCUAAGGAUGAUCUUAGAGAGCUUCUCAACUGUUUUCUUCAGCUGAAUGCACCUUAUCAUCAUGGUGUUAUCGUUAGAGCUUUUACUGAGAUUUGGAAUGGUGUUUCUGAUAAGAGAUCUAGCUCACACAGGGUUCAUACAAACCGUACCCGUAAGCCACGUGAAUAUUAACGGUUUCUGUUGGAAAUAGCUGUGCUAUGUGCUAUGUAUUAGGUUGAAUGUAGUCCACAGCUAUGUCGUAAGAGCUAUGGUGUUUACUAUGAAGUUGCUAACGUUGUAUUGUGCUGCAUGUUUUGGCGAUUCUCAUCCAAGUGUAAAAAAUGGAACUCUUGUUUGUCCUAGUUUAAGAAUGACAAAGGUUUUAAAUUUCAUUUUCUGUCA